AUGUAUUCACACAUAUGCGAAUGGCUGCGGGGCGCGACGAUCAGCCGCGCCAAAGCAGCUCUGGCGAAGGCAAAGGGCGACGGGCAGGCCGGCGGCGGCGGCGGCGGCGAGCUGGGGGCGCAGAAGAGCCUGGGGUGUAUCAGUGACAAGCCGUUCUCUGUUUUUGGCAGCCACGAGAUAAAGCCCAAGCCCCAGGUGGUGGUGUCCGAGCCGAACGAUGUGGAGAGGGAGCGGCGGCGCCAGCUGUACAUGCAAAAGGAGGAGCUGCGGCGCAAGCGCCUGGAGCAGGAAUCGGCGCGGAAGCAGCGGGAAGAGGAGGCGCGGAGGGCGGAGGCCGAGGCGCGCGCGGCGGAGCACAGGCGGAAGGUCGAGGAGCGCAAGUCAAAAUAUGAGACGUUCAAGCAGCGCGAGUCUGAGAUGAUGGCAAAGAGCGAGGAGGCCUGGAAAGAGUACCAAAAGGCCAGGGGCCGCGCCCCGCUGUUCAAGCUGAUGGCCGACGACUACGAGCGCCGCGUCGCCGAGGAGCAAGCCGCCAAGCAGCAGUUUUACGCGGAAGCCGUCGGGACCUACAAGAUGGCGCGCGUCAGCCAGCUCGUCAGCGGCGAGGUGUACGUGCGGCCGCCGCCGGGGGGCGCGGCGUCGCCGCCGCGGGGGCGCUCGCCGACAGAUCGCCAAGCGGCCUCGCUGUCCGCGGGCGGCGGCUCGGACCAGGGCGGCCGCCGCUCCCCGUCGCCCGCCCGCGGCGCCCGCGGCGGCGGCGCGCCGCACACUACGACCAGCGUCGGGCCCAGGGCGGCCGGCGGCGGCGGCGGCGCUAAGUGGCCAGGCGGCGCCGCGCCCCAGCUUGUGGAGAGAGCGUCGUCGCCGCUAAUAAUGCCUACUGAUGGUUCGACGCCGCCGGGGUUCAGGGUCGUGCCCACGCGGCUGGCUGGGGGGACGGGCGAGGGGCCGGCGGCGCAAGGGGAGGGCGAGGGGCGCGGCGGUGAGCGGCGGCAGCAGGACGGCGCCCACGCAUCCGCGUCGGCAUCGCAUGAGAAGAAGCCGCAGGCUGAGAGGUUUGAGGCGGAAGAUCGGGAGGAGGAGGAGGAGAAAGAGGGAGGGCGGGGUGCGCCCAAGCACGCGGGCGACGAGCAGCGGGAGGGGCAUGCUCAGGAGGGCAGCGGCAGCGGCGGCGGCGGCGGCGGCAGCGGCGCCGCGAGCAAGGCGGCGCCCGAGGCGCCGUCCGCCGCGGCCUCGCCCAAGGCCAGGGGAGACCCAAGCGCGCAUGCGCCCAAGCGCGCCAGCGCCUCCGGCGCUCGCAGCGGCGGCGGCGCGCCCGCCCUGCCCGGCGGUGGCGGCGGCGCGGCGGCGGCAGGCCAGCAGGGGCGGGGGCUCGCCGCGCAGCGCAGCAGCAAGGGCGCGUCCCGGCGUUCGGCUGACGAGCCGUCUCAGCCGGAGGACGAGGUUGAGCGCGAGCAGCAGCGGCAGCACGGCGGGGAAAAGCAGCAGCAGCAGCAGCGACGGCCGCGCAGCGGCGGCAGCGAGGGCGCCGCGGGCGUUGAGGAGGCGAUCGCCUCGGAUCCCGCGGCCGGCGCCGCCCCGGCGGCAGCCGGACGGACUGACGGCGGGCACGGCGGCAGCGGGGGCGCGGCGCGGGCGGCGGCGGGAAAGCGUGCUGACGAGGCGGCGCCCGCGGAGGUGGUUGGGGAGGAGGCAGAGUACGAGGAGGUGGAAGUUGAGGAGGAGGUCGAAGUGGAGGAGGAGGUGGAAGUGGAAGAGGCAGAGGAGGCCGCGACAGAGGUGAGUCAUUGGGGGUGA